UUUCCAUUUAAGGCUUUGUUUGGCUGCUGAGAAAAUGUUGGAAUUGAACCGAAAACAAUCUUUUGGCCUCGAAGCUCUCUGUUUGACGAAGAAUCAGUACUGGGGAUUGCUUGAGUUUCGCUAUCUUCUAUUUUCCAUCAUUUUCUCAUCAAUCAAGUGGAGAUGGGUAUCAUGGACCAGUAUUUUGGUAAUGGCACUGAGGAAUUUGUAGUUCCAAAGGAUCUAGAACUACUAGAUAAUGUUGAAUCUCCAGACAUUUGGUUGCAAUGGGGAAUAAAUCCAUCUGAAAGUUUUGGUUCUUUGAACAAAUACUUCAUAAUGGAGACUGAGACAGCUGGGGAAGAACUUAAAUUCAAUGGGAAAAACUUGUGCAAUGAAGCUGAUAAGGAAACUUCUGUCCAUGAUGGAGACAUUUCUAGUGGUUCGAGUAUAGGUGGAGGAUUCACAGAGGCUUCACUUCACAGGAGUGCCUUUUCGCGUGACCGGCCUUAUUUUCAGCUGGAUGAGCUAGCUGGAAUGGAUCAGAUGGAUACCAUUUUCUUGACUUCCCUACUUGAAGAUCUGCCCAACACGGAAAAUUUUAACAGGACGUUUUGCUUUUCUCCUGAAUCCCAACACAGUGCUAUGCCAGAAAACAAUCAGAUGGAAGACAUGAUUCUAGAUUCACAGAGCAUUUCCAGUAAUUUACAUAGAAUGGGAAGUUCAAAGUAUCUGAAAACUCAUGCCUUCUCUCCAUCAGUGGAUUGGGAUAGUGAAGAAGUUACCACGUUGUGUCACAAUCCUUGCAACUCAGUGCAGAAAGAUUGCCCACCAGUAAAGGCACCUAUGAUCAAGUUUUUGGUUCCAUCUGGGCCAAACAAAGUGGAAGAACAUGUGCCUGAGGAAAUCUCAUUGGAAGAAUCUGUCUUGCAUGAGCUUGAAGUGGUGAUGGAACAGUUGCCUGAAAAGACCAGGAUUUGCUUUCGAGAUGCCUUGUUCCGCCUUGCACAGAACUCAGAACGACUUAGUGUAUCCCCGAUCCAAAAUGGGGACCUUGCCUUGGAAAAGCUCCAUCCCUUGACAGUCGAUGAUGAAACAUUAAGGUCAGGAAAACCAGUGGCCACAGAAUCAGAGACCAACAGCAUCGACAGAGCAGUAGCCAACCUCUUGUUCAAUAAGAUGGACUUUGAUCCACAAGAUCUUCCCACUUCAUCAUUAGUAAAUUUUGAACAAGAAGACAUGAUGACAAUGGACUCCUGCAACUACAGCUUGAAUCAGCAAGAGACCCAUUACCCUUCUCAUCCCACCACGCUCCUACAAGCUGAUGCUGAGGAUGAUGAGGUUCCCAUCUUUAGUCAAGAGAAGCUACAAACAAAAGCAGAACUGCAUGAAGAUUUCCCAAGAAAUGGUGCAGUGGAUCACUAGAGUUUGGGAUGAGGCAAACAUGAAGAAGAGAUUUGCUAGUAGUGUGAGCCACCUACUAAUGUAGAUAGCAAGUACAUAUUAUAUGGGUGACUGAAAUGCAGGUAUGAAGAACAGCUGUGUCAGCUAAAUUUUGGUCAGUUUUUGGAUUUUGUUCAAGAACUUCUAACAUAAGUGUUCUCAAUUUCAUUUAAAUUCAGCACCAAUGGAUUAUAUGUAGGAGAAGUAACAUAUUUUUCAAGUCGAUGCUUUUUUUUUCUCCUAAUGUACGCCUUUAGUAUUAUUUAAAUUAUAUUUGUGGUACUGUGUAUCCCUUUCCUUGUUGAAUAAACGUGCCAAAUUACUAUGUUUGGAUGUAAGAGGCCUUUAGCCUGCUUGAGUAACAUUUGAUUUUGUUUG